AUGCUGUCGAUUGAGCGCGCCACACUGAGGUUCAAAGACGGUUUUUUUCCUGCCAUGAAAGGUAACUUGCUCAUAGCCGAGCAACGAGUGGAGUGGCUGCUUCAUGGCUGUGAGUGCCGUUUUCAGAGUCUGGCAGGAAAAUGUCCGGGCGAAAGCGAGGAAGUCGACGAGCGAUCGACGACGAGCGUCAACAGCGGCUACAACGACGAGGUAGAGGCGAAUAUGCGGGCGGAGUCUGACAGACUGAAAGAGGCGAAGGCAGAGUAG